GCUUGAAUUAACCCAGAGGCGUGCGUACUGGUAAUUUUAAAGUGCUCUGGUCAACAAGUUUUAUUUUUGCUAACUGAAAGUAUUUUCUCGCGCAGCUAUUGAGAAGAAAAUGCAUUAGUACUAUUGUAUAUGAAAAGUGCAAGACAUAAAUAGUCUGUCGAGUUAAGGUACACGUUAAGUAGCUAGCUUCAAUUUUCAGGCGUUAAUGAAACUUUCCUUCGAUACUGAUAGCUAUUUAGCUACCUUUUUUUACUUAUAGCUUUUUAUUUGAUCUGUUUUGAGAAACAAAGGACUUUGUUAUUCCCUCUUGUUUUCCUUUGUUCUCCGGUGGGCGUGUUUGUCUGUGGUUCGACGACCAGGAAGUUGCGAGCAUCUGCGCCAUUUCAGAAGACGGACCUAGCUGCGCCAUCUCGACGGAAACUUUUGUGUUAUUCUUGCCUCUCGUCGGUUUCAGUAACAACGGAAUCGGCAGUUAUUGCUAAAGAUUUCGACAGAGUUAUUCUUGCCUUCAAGAAAAACAGCCCAGCAUUUCGGGAACUCCUAAAUGCGUUUUUUCGUCGCCAGGAAUACUAUUAGCCAGCUGGCUAACUAUAGUGUAGCAACAAAACUUGCUAGCUAGCUAGCCCCUUUAAUUUGGAGUUGUUCAUCAGUGUAGCUAACCGUUGAGUUGGCUAGUCAUUUAGAUAUCAAUAUUUAAUUCUGGCCUUCAAUGUAUCCACCCAUACCACCGUACGGUGGCUUUGGUAUCAUGCUGGGCGAAACACUCGGUCAUCAUAUCGAAUCAAGUCUCGACAACGUCGAGAACAACAAACCAUCGAUUCUGGCUUCUCCCCGCGUCGGAAGCAACCUUAACAAAUCAAGACAAGCUCUGUUCAAAAAAGGAGGUCGCAGAGUUCGCAUGACGACAGGUCUCCAAGGCAAACAUCAAGCCCAAGUUCACCAGAAACAGUCGCUGCUGAGAAACAAUCCCGCGCGUUUGGCGGACAUCAACAACAACAACAACACCGCCUUUAAAGCCAGGUCCAAAUCUCCCGCAACGACGAAUGCGGAGCUUCCGUCCAACCGCACCGCAGGGAGUACGGCAGUACAUUUAAAAACAGGGUCCAAAAAAGAGCUGCUGAAAUCCAAAACAGGAAGAGUGGAAAGAGGAAGCCUGUCGAAUGGGCAGUCUGUCCAUGGUCUGCACAAACACGAGCAGCAUGCUCCUAACCUGAAAGCGCGCGUCCAGAAGAGCAGACCCACCAACGUGCCCGUGGUUGACCCAUCAGCGAGUUGCUGUGAGAGCGACAGCACCAGCGAGAAAGGUCACGGGAGCCCCCUGUCACUCCUCCCAUCCACCCGCAGGGAAGGGAAGAGGCCCCUGAGCUCGGCGGACACUCCCGGCAAAGCCGGCUUGUGUCUGACCGAUUCUUCAACCGAAGAGAGUAUCAGAGAUGGGGAGAAGACAUAUGCUGGAGCCAAGUUCAGUGAGCCACCGUCUCCGAGUGUGCUGCCCAAACCGCCCAGUCACUGGGUGGGCGAGAGCGGGCCCAAGCAUUCCGACAGCAACAGGGAGCAGAUGUCCGUGCACCUAAAAACACUGCUCAAGGUCCAAGCCAAGCAAUAACCUUUGAGUAGGAAAAAAAUCCUCAUCUGAACUCUAAACUGACGCCUGCACACCUUAAUAAUAAAUUGGCAUUGGACAGUAAAGGAAUGGAAACAUAGUUUGUUGCAACAGGAAGUAUUGAGUUUUUACCGUAAUGUAAAAAAAAAUGUCUUGCUUUUGUGUUGAUGAAGCGGCCUUGUGUUGUUUUUUUUGUUUUUGUUUUUUUAAACAAACUUGUGUAAAUACUGUAAGACAUGUAAUAUAUGUGUAUAUUUUUUUGAUGUUAUUUUAACAUAAGAGUAAAUUUAGUUUUGUUACUGAGGCUUAUUAGUCAUUUGAUGACAGUCAUCAUGGUACAUCAUGAUCUGGUGGUAUGCUUUUUUAAAGUGUACUGAUAAGCUACAGGAGCCAUUUGGGACACUGCAUUUAAGAGGUCUGCUUACAAUUUUGCACAAGACUGAAAAACCAACACGGGUCCCAUGGAGGUGUGAGAAAUGACAAGAGUGUGGUGAUGUACGGUUCCGUGAACCCACCCACACGUCUUAUGGCUGCUAUGCUCAAGGGCCCCGUGCAGAGAGCCCGUGUGAGUCUACGACGGGUCUGCCCUGGCCAGUGAGGUGUGGCGAUCAACUGAGGAAAUGUGAAAGUCCAAACGAAAGGACUCUGGUUUCAUAUGAGGUACACUGCCUACAACCGAAACUAAAUGGACAAAUAGCAAACAUGCAGUCCUGAAAAACUCAUGGUUCUUUCCUCAUCUGCAAGCACUGAUCUAUUUUGUCUUGGGUAAGGGCACUUUUUAUUGUUAUUUUUAUGCUCUUUUCCAUAGCCAGUGCAGUCCUUAUCCUGGUUUCUUCAAACGAAUGUUGUCAUAUUGAGCAUGGUGUUUACUGAGGGAGAGCGGUUUGAUGUCAUGAAGUGUUUACUGCGGGAGAGAAGGGUUGGGCGUCCUGAUGUGUUUUCCUGUCUGUAAGAAAGCCAGGCAACUACCAGCAUCUUUUUUUCCUCUUCAUUUUUGUCACACAGCUUAAGACAUUUUUGCAUUACCCAAACCCAACACUUUUUUUGUUGCAACAAUAAUUGUUUUCAGACUUUUGACUGCAGUAUGUUUUAACCUAAAAAAACAAAUUUGCAUUCCCAUUUAUCUAAUUGGUUAAGGAAACAUUCUGAUUUGUUUCAUUUUUUAAAACUGAAAAUAAGUAAAUAAAGAAUUUGGCCACCCCCUUA